UGGACAGACGGACGGACGGACUGAGUCAUCCUUGGCCCGGCAGCCCCGUCUCGUCUUGUGCUCCCCGCCCUCCGGCCGUCCCCAUCGCCACCACCGCCCGCCAUGGCCCUCGCCCUCCUGCUCCUGGUGGGGCUGCUGGGACCCCGCAGCACAGGGCCCUUCCCACUGCGGCUGGCCGGGGGCCCUGGGCGCUGCGCCGGGCGGGUGGAGGUGCAGCAUGACGGGCGCUGGGGCACCGUCUGCGACGACGACUGGGGGCUACCCGACGCGGCGGUGGUCUGCAGGCAGCUGGGCUGCGGGGCUGCCCUGGCCGCCCCGCCGGGAGCCUGGUUCGGAGAGGGCUCGGGUCCCAUCUGGCUCAACGGGUUGCGGUGCCGGGGCACUGAGGAGCGCCUGGCCCUGUGCCGUCACCGGGGUUGGCGUCCCCACGUCUGCGCCCACGAAGAGGAUGCCAGCGCCGUCUGCUCAGCUCACCGCUUCCAGCCCCUUGGUGCCACUGAACCCUCCUGGGCCCCCACGCUGCCCCCCACCAUCACCCAGCCGUCUGUUACAGCCUGCACGGGUGCAGCGUGCACAGGGACCCCCAGCAUACGGCUGGUGGGGGCAGCGGGGCGCUGCGCCGGCCGGCUGGAGAUCUUCCAUGCUGGGCGCUGGGGCACUGUCUGCGAUGACCUGUGGGGGCUGCAGGACGCAGCAGUGGUCUGCCGGCAGCUGGGCUGUGGGGCUGCCCUUGACGCACCCCGGGCAGCUUUUUUUGGCGAGGGCACAGGCCCCAUCUGGCUAGAUGAUGUGCGGUGCCAAGGGAACGAGUCAUCCCUGCGGGGGUGCCUGGCUUCCCCCUGGGGUAUCACCAACUGCCAGCACCAGGAGGAUGCCGCUGUGGUCUGCGCAGAUGAGCUGGCCACCCUGGAUGUCCACCCUGCGGAGCCCAUUCCCCUCCCGCCGCGGGUGAUGCCGGCCCAGGUGCUGCCCUCUGCAUGGCCCCGUGGCCCUGGCUCGCUCCGGAGCACUGCAGCCGGCCAGCCCACGGGAAGGACGCCCCAUGAGGGGCGAAGGGACCUCCUGUCACCAAUGGGGACCUCUCCGCUGGCCAGCAGCACCCGGAACCCUGCAGGACAGGGUCUGACCAGCACCACCCCUGGUACCCAACGCCCCACACGAUGGGGUGCAACUGGUGCCUCCCCCAGUACCCAGCUCCCCACAGGACAGGGACGAAUUGGUGCCACCCAAGCCAAAGCAAGGCAAGAUCCCAUUCGUAUCCUCAGGAUCACCCGACUGAAAGCAGAACGGGAUCCAGCUGGCAUCAUUCAGAGCACCAAGCCCAAGGCAGGACGAGAUCCAGCUGGUGCCACCACGUCUAAAGUGGGACGGGAUUCAGCUGGUACCAACAGGUCCAAGGCAGGAUGGGAUCCUGCUGGCACCAACAGGUCCAAGGAAGGACGGUAUCCAGUGGGAACCAACAGGUCCAAAACAGGAUGGAAUCCAGCUGGCACCAACAGUUCCAAAGUAAGAUGGGAUCCAGUUGGCACCAACAGGUCCAAGGAAGGACGAUAUCCAGUGGGAAGCAACAGGUCCAAGGCAGGAUGGAAUCCAGUUGGCACCAACAGGUCCAAGGCAGGAUGGAAUCUAGCUGGCACCAACAGGUCCAAGGCAGGAUGGAAUCCAGUUGGCACCAAUAGGUCCAAGGCAGGAUGGAAUCCAGUUGGCACCAACAGGUCCAAGGCAGGAUGGAAUCCAGUUGGCACCAAUAGGUCCAAGGCAGGAUGGAAUCCAGUUGGCACCAAUAGGUCCAAGGCAGGAUGGAAUCUAGCUGGCACCAACAGGUCCAGGGAAGGACAGUAUCCAGUGGGAACCAAUAGUUCCAAAGCAAGAUGGGAUCCAGUUGGCACCAACAGGUCCAAGGCAGGAUGGAAUCUAGUUGGCAGCAACAGGUCCAAGGCAGGACGAGAUCCAGUUGGUACUGUCCGCAUCACCCAGCCCAAAGCAGAGUGGGAUCCAACCAGUGUCAUACGGAUCACCCAGCCCAAAUCUGGACAGAUUCAGGCAGGUGCCAACCAGACCAGCAGGAAACCACCAGGACAGCGUUUGGUUGGGACCAUGAAAGGUACCAAGCUCAAGGCAGGGCAGGAUCCAGUUGGUGCCACCCAACUGCGAAUGGGGCAGGAUGUGGCAGUUACCAUCCAGGUCACCCAGCGGCCAACAGAACGGGAUCCUGUUGAUACCACUCAAACCAAAGUGGGGAAGGAUCUGGUUGGUACCACACAAGGAACCAUGCCCAAAGCAAGGCAGGACUUGGCCCCCACCAUGGUGGUCCCAGCAGGUGAUACCAUGUGGAGUAACCAGAACCUGGGAGACCCAGGUUCUGAAGGUACCAUGAAGAGUACACGUCCUCCAGCAGAACUGGAUGCAGAUGGUAACAAAUGGACAACACUUUCUUCAGCAGAUUUUGGUCUAGAUGAUAUCCUGAGGAGCACACAUCCUACAGAAGAACCAGGUCCCAAAGGUACCAUGAAUAGUACGCAUCCUGCAGCAGAACCAGGUCCAGAUGAUACCCUGAGGAGGACACAUCCUGCAGCAGAACUGAGUCCAGAUGUUACCACAUGGAGCACACGUCCUGCAGCAGAACCAGGUCCUGAAGGUACCAUGAGUAGUACGCAUCCUUCAGUGGGCCUGAACCCAGAUGGUACCACAUGGAGCACACGUCCUGCAGCCCAACUAGGUCCACAAGAAGGUACCACAGGGAGCACACGUCCUGCAGCAGAACUGGACUCAGAUGGUACCACGAGGAGCACACGUCCUACAGCAAAACCAGGUGCAAAUAGUACCAUGAUGAGCACACAUCCUCCAGCAGAACCAGGUCCUGAAGGUACUGUGAGUAGUACCCAUCCUUCAGUGGGCCUGGACCCAGGUGAUACCACAUGGAGCACACAUCCUGCAGCUCAACCAGGUCCAGAUGGUACCAUGAGUAGUACACAUCCUCCAGCAGAACUGGGUCCAAAUGGUACUAUGAGAAGCACACAUCCCACAGCAGAACCAGGUCCAGAUGGUACCAUGAUAAGCACACGUCCUCAAGCACAUCUGGAUCCAGAUGGUACCAUGAGGAGCACACAUUCUGCAGCAGAACUGGAUCCAGAUGGUACCACAUGGAGCACACAUCCUGCAGCAGAACUGGAUCCAGAUGGUACCAUGAUGAGCACAUGUCCUCCAGCACAUCUGGAUCCAGAUGGUGCAGAUCCAGACCCAGGCCUUGCUGGGGUCUCUGCACCCCCCACAGAGCCCCCACCACCCCCUUCAUCACAGAACCCCAUCCUGAUGCCAGCAGCCACCCCUGCCCUUGCAGUCCAACUGGCUCUAGGCUCUGGCAUCCCCCGUCAGUGUCCCCCAGAGCCUGACAGCACCCAGAGCCCCCCACUACUCACCCAAUCCCCCACGGAGAUCCCCACCACCCAGAGCCCCUCAGCACCCAAAGCCCCCCAGCACCCCAAGGAGACCCCGAGUCCACAGAGCCUCUCAGUGCUAACUCAGCACCUCAUGGAGCCCACAAGCACCCAUAGGCCCCCAGCACCCACCCUGCACCUCAUGGAGACCCCCAGCUCCCAGGUACCCCCAGCCUCCACUCAGCACCCCAUGGAGGCCCUCAGCACGCAGAGCCCCCCAGCACCCCCUCAGUCCCCCAUGGAACCCAUGUUAAUCCCUGGUACACAAAUACUCUCAGCACUCCCUCAGCGCUCCACAGGGACCCUCAGCACACAGACCCCCACAGAAUCCCCUCAGCACCCCAUGGAGCCCCUCAGCACCUUGACCCCCCCAGCACCCUCCCAGCCCGCCAUGGAUCCCUUCAGCUCCCAGGCCCCCCCAGCACUCUCCCAGCCUCCCACAGAGCCCCUCAGCUCCCAGGCCCCCCCAGCACCCCUACAGCACCCCAUGGAGCCCCUCAGCACCUUGACCCCCCCAGCACCCCCCCAGCCUCCCACAGAGCCCCUCAGCAUCCAGAGUCCCCCAGCACCCGCCCAGCACCCCACGGAGACCCUCAGCUCCCAGAGCCCCCCAGCACACCCCCCACCCCCCAUGGAGCCCCUCAGCUCCCAGACCCUCCCAGCACCCCCCCAGCCUUCCACAGAGCCCCUCAUCACCCAGAGCCCCACAGCACCACCCCCACCCCCCAUGGAUCCCCUCAGCACCCAGACCCUCCCAGCAGCCCCCCAUCCCUCCACGGAGCCCCUCAUCACCCAGAGCCCCACACACCCCCUUCACCCCCCAUAG